AUGGCGGAACAAAAUAUCUCACAGUACAAGUAUUCGGCGAUGUCCAACCUGGUUCUCCAGGCGGACCGCCGUUUCAUCUCCCGCGUCAACGACGAGGCCACGGGCGAUCCGGAAUCUCUUGCCGGUCGUAUCGGUAUCAAGCAGAUGGGCUCGCGGAUUGCUCGGGACGAUGCACCGAAGACGAAGAAGAAGGCCGUUGGACCGGCGGAUAUCGAACGAGGUGCGAUUCGCGAAGGCGAAGACGUGCUAGCCAGGGAGCAAAGGAAAACUCAGCGCGGACAACCUGCGCAGCUUCGUGGUCAGGGUAUCCUCUCUGCUGCUGACGCGCUCAUUGAAGGCCUGAAAUAUCGCCCCCGGACCCCAGCUACGAGAGCUACCUACGAUCUUAUCCUCACAAUGACUGCCAGCCACCUGGGUGACGUCCCGCACGAGGUCGUUCGGAGUGCUGCUGACGCCGUGCUGGAAUACCUGAAAGAUGAGGAUAUGAAGGAUUUCGAUAAGAAGAAAGAGAUUGACGAUUUGAUGGGGAGUUCGAUGACGCCAAAGGAGUUUAACGAACUCGUCAACCUCGGCAAGAAAAUCACCGACUAUGAUGCGCAAGACGAGGAUGAGGAAAUGGAAGGAGGGCUUGAGGAAGGCGGUGAUGAGCUCGACGAACGCCAGGGUGUUGCCGUCGUCUUCGACGAGGACGAAGAAGACGAGCGAAUGGGAACGGUCGAUGAAGUGCGUGAUGAGGAUGACCUCACCGACGAGGAUGAAGCAGACGAAGAGGACAAGAUCGAUGCCGAGGAAGUCACCGCGGAUGAUCUUGCUGGGGACGAGGAAAUGAUCCUAGACGGUGGUCUGAGCCGACAACAGAAGCGACAGGACAAAGAUGGAUUGAAUAUCCCUGCUCGCGAAAUCGACGCCUACUGGUUACAGCGUCAAAUUGGUGCUGUAUACUCCGAUGCUCACAUUCAACAAGAAAAAGCCAGGGAUGCGCUAGAAAUUCUCGGCGGCAAAUCAGAAGACGGGACAGAAAGGCCACUUCGUGACGUCGAGAAUGACCUAAUGGAGCUCUUUGAUUAUGAGAGCCCUGACCUUGUUGCUAAAUUGGUGACAAACAGAAACAAGGUCGUCUGGGUGACACGGUGGAGGAGAGCGGCCGAAGAUGCGGAUGCUCGCAACCUCGUGGAAGCCGAAAUGGUAGAAGCCGGCCACCGCGCCAUUCUCGAUGAGAUCCGGGGCAAAUCUGUUCGCGAUGAUCUUGCUGAGCGGCCUGAAAAGAAGAUUAAGCUGGAUUUGAUGGAUAUCGACGUCCCAGCAGAACCUGCCGCCGAGGAAAAGCCCAAGGACGGUGGCGUUGUCGGAGGUCUGCAACCUCAGAGGUUGAUCAAUCUGGAAAACCUUGUCUUCCACCAGGGCAACCACCUCAUGACAAAUCCCAACGUCAAACUUCCCCAAGGGUCUACAAAGCGAACAUUCAAAGGCUACGAAGAGAUUCAUGUCCCGCCACCCAAGGCCAAGAAGGAACCUGGUGAAAAGCUCAUCCCUACAACAGAGCUUCCUGAUUGGGCUCGCAUCGGAUUCGGCAGUGCGAAAGAACUUAAUCGUAUUCAAACAGCGUGCUACCCGACUGCUUUCCACGAUGAUGGAAACAUGCUUGUCUGCGCUCCCACUGGGUCUGGAAAAACCAAUGUUGCUAUGUUAACCAUCCUUCGCGAAAUUGGAAAGAACCGCAAUCCUGAGACUGGGGAGAUCAUGCUUGAUGACUUCAAAAUUGUCUACAUAUCUCCACUCAAGGCGCUGGUCCAAGAACAAGUCGGGAACCUGGGCAAGCGUCUCGAGCCCUACGGCAUCAAAGUGGCGGAACUUACGGGUGACCGCCAACUCACAAAACAGCAGAUUGCGGAGACACAGGUUAUUGUGACGACCCCUGAGAAGUACGAUGUUAUCACCAGAAAGGCCUCUGAGACCAGCUACACUAAGAUCGUUCGCCUCAUUAUUAUCGACGAAAUUCAUCUUCUUCAUGAUGAACGUGGGCCUGUCAUUGAAAGCAUUGUCAGCCGGACCAUCCGCAAGAUGGAGCAGACCAGCGAACCCGUUCGAAUCGUUGGUUUGAGUGCCACCCUUCCCAAUUACCGGGAUGUUGCGAGCUUCCUUCGAGCAGACCCCGUCAAAGGCUUGUUCCACUUUGACGGCUCCUACCGUCCGUGCCCUCUCAAGCAGGAGUUCAUCGGUGUGACCGACAAGAAGGCCAUCAAACAGCUCAAGGCCAUGAACGACAUUUGCUACACCAAGGUUCUCGAACAGGUGGGCCAACGUAACAAUCAGAUGCUCAUCUUUGUCCACUCGCGCAAGGAGACGGCCAAGACAGCAAAGUACAUCCGGGACAAAGCUCUGGAAAAUGAAACAAUUGGUCAGAUUCUGCGUAGCGAUGCUGCCAGCAGGGCAAUCCUGGCCGAAGAAGCAGAGUCUGUUGAUGACGCUUCUCUCAAGGAUCUUCUGCCCUAUGGCUUCGGUAUCCAUCAUGCUGGGUUGAGUCUGGCUGAUCGUGACUCCGUCCAAGCACUUUUUGCCGACGGUAGCAUCCAGGUCCUGGUUUGUACCGCAACCCUCGCCUGGGGUGUCAACCUUCCUGCGCAUACCGUUAUCAUCAAGGGAACACAGGUGUACUCUCCUGAGAAGGGCAGUUGGGUUGAACUUAGUCCCCAGGACGUUCUCCAGAUGCUUGGCCGUGCUGGCCGACCGCAAUAUGAUACGUAUGGUGAGGGUAUCAUCAUUACAACACAGACCGAAAUCCAGUACUAUCUCUCUUUACUGAAUCAACAACUACCGAUUGAAAGUCAGCUCAUGAGCAAGCUUGCGGAUAAUCUGAAUGCCGAAAUUGUUCUCGGCAGUGUCCGCAAUCGCGACGAAGGUGUCGAGUGGCUGGGAUAUACUUAUCUCUUUGUCCGAAUGCUUCGAUCGCCUGGUCUCUACAGCGUUGGCGCCGAUUAUGCGAACGACGAUGCACUCGAACAGAAGCGUGUGGACCUCAUCCAUUCCGCUGCUGUUGUUCUGGAGAAGGCCGGCCUUGUUAAAUAUGAGAAGAAGACCGGCCGCCUGCAGGCAACCGAAUUAGGCCGCAUCUCCUCUCAUUACUACAUUGGCCACAACUCCAUGUUGACCUACUCUCAACACCUGCAGCCGAUGAUCGGAACGAUCGAGUUGUUCCGAAUUUUUGCUCUCAGUGACGAAUUCAAGUACAUCCCAGUCCGACAAGAUGAGAAGCUUGAAUUGGCGAAGAUGCUGGGCCGUGUUCCGGUACCUGUGAAGGAGAGCAUCGAUGAACCUCACGCCAAAAUCAACGUUCUUUUGCAAGCUUUCAUUUCCCGGCUCAAGCUGGACGGACUGGCCUUGAUGGCAGACAUGGUAUACGUUACCCAGUCAGCGGGCCGUAUCUUGCGCGCCUUGUUCGAAAUCUCAUUGAAGAAAGGCUGGUCUGGUGUUGCUCGCACCGCUCUGGAUCUUUGCAAGAUGGCAGAGAAACGCAUGUGGCCUACGAUGUCGCCUCUGCGUCAGCUUCCUUGCCCCAGGGAUAUCCUGCAGAAGGCUGAACGAAUUGAAGUGCCUUGGUCUAGUUACUUCGAUUUGGAUCCUCCUCGUAUGGGUGAGCUUCUUGGUAUGCCCAAAGCUGGACGGGUCGUUUGCGAUCUGGUGUCCAAGUUCCCCCGUUUAGAAGUCCAAGCCCAAGUUCAGCCAAUUACACGGUCCAUGCUUCGUGUUGAACUGACCAUCACUCCGAACUUCAUCUGGGAUGAGGCACUUCAUGGUGCUGCUCAGGACUUCUGGAUUCUGGUGGAAGACUGCGACGGCGAAGAAAUUCUAUACCACGAUCAAUUUGUGUUGCGCAAGGACUUUGCCCAAUCGGAGAUGAACGAGCAUCUCGUAGAUUUCACUGUUCCUAUCACUGAGCCUAUGCCCCCGAAUUACUUCAUUUCGGUCGUUUCAGAUCGUUGGAUGCAUUCGGAAACCAAGAUUGCUGUCUCCUUCCAGAAGCUCAUUCUCCCCGAGCGUUUCCCUCCCCACACCCCCUUGCUUGACAUGCAACGCGCUCCUGUCAAGGCCCUCAAGCGUGAAGAUUAUCAGCAGCUGUACCCUGACUGGCAACACUUCAACAAGAUCCAGACUCAGGUGUUCAAGUCGUUGUUCGACACCAAUGACAACGUGUUCCUUGGAGCUCCAACGGGCAGCGGCAAAACGAUAUGUGCGGAACUUGCUUUACUGCGUCACUGGGCCCAGGAAGAUCGUGGGCGCGCCGUUUACAUUGCGCCUUUCCAGGAGUUAGUCGAUCAACGGCUAGCAGACUGGGAGAAGCGUCUCGGUAAACUCGGUGGUGGCAAGAACAUCAUGAAACUCACUGGCGAAACCACGGCCGAUCUGAAGAUUCUCGAACAGUCAGAUCUGGUCCUUGCGACACCAACCCAAUGGGACGUGCUGUCCAGGCAGUGGCAGCGACGCAAGAAUGUACAGACGGUACAGCUUUUCAUUGCGGAUGAGCUUCACAUGCUUGGUGGCUAUGGAGGCUAUGUUUACGAGGUGGUCGUAUCUCGUAUGCACUACAUCGCCCUCCAGACAGAAAAUGACAUGCGAAUCGUGGGAUUAAGCGUCCCCAUCUCCAAUGCUCGCGAUAUUGGUGAAUGGAUCGGGGCAAACAAGCACACCAUCUAUAACUUUAGCCCCCAUGCUCGUCCGGUGCCCCUUGAGCUUCAUAUCCAGUCGUUCACCAUCCCGCAUUUCCCGUCUCUCAUGCUGGCGAUGGCGAAGCCCGCAUAUCAUUCAAUCCUUCAGCUAUCCCCAGAUAAGCCUGCGCUACUCUUCGUACCGAGCCGGAAGCAAACCCGCUCCACAGCGAUGGAUCUUCUGGCUGCCUGCGCAGCUGAUGAUGACGAAGACCGAUUCCUGCAUGCUGACGUCGAUGAGCUCGCUCCGCUCCUUGGGCGUGUGCAGGAGUUGACACUUGCCGAGUCGCUGACUCACGGUAUCGGAUAUUACCACGAGGCCCUGAGCGCAACCGAUAAACGCAUUGUCUCGCAUCUGUUUACAAUCGGUGCGAUUCAGGUUGUCAUCGCCUCGAGGGAUGUCUGCUGGGAGAUCAAUUUCAAUGCUCAUCUGGUGAUCGUCAUGAAUACACAGUUCUAUGAGGGUCGCGAACAUAGGUAUAUCGACUAUCCUAUCAGUGAGAUCCUGCAAAUGUUCGGCAAAGCCUCUCGACCUGGUGAAGACAAGGUUGGCCGAGGAGUCCUCAUGGUUCCCGCAGUGAAGCGCGACUACUACAAGAAAUUCCUCAACGAGGCUCUUCCAGUCGAAAGUCAUCUGCAGAUGUACCUGCAUGAUGCCUUUGUGACCGAGAUCAGCACACGCACAAUCACCUCUACCCAAGAUGCUGUUGACUGGAUGACUUAUUCGUACUUCUAUCGUCGCCUUCUUGCCAACCCCAGCUUCUACGGUCUCAGCGACGUCAGCCACGAAGGCUUGAGUACGUUCUUGUCGGAGUUGGUUGAAAACACGUUGAAGGAACUGUCUGAGGCGAAGAUCAUGGAUUUGGACGAAGAGGACGACACGAUUGCCCCGCUGAACGCUGCCAUGAUCGCUGCGUACUACAACAUUUCCUUUAUUACCAUGCAGACUUUCUUGCUCUCCCUCACUGCCCGUACGAAGCUCAAGGGUAUCUUGGAGAUUGUCACCUCUGCCACUGAGUUUGAAUCGAUCCAGAUGCGCCGCCACGAGGACCACAUCUUACGCCGCGUGUACGACCGUAUCCCUGUGAAGAUGUCGCAGCCCGCGUAUGACUCGCCACACUUCAAGGCCUUCGUCCUGCUUCAAGCACACUUCUCUCGCAUGCAGCUGCCGAUCGAUCUGGCCAAGGACCAGGAAGUCAUUGUCGGCAAGGUUCUCAACCUUCUCAGCGCCUGUGUCGACGUUCUUUCGUCCGAAGGCCACAUCAAUGCCAUGAAUGCCAUGGAGAUGUCCCAGAUGGUUGUCCAGGCUAUGUGGGAUCGCGAUAGUCCUCUGAAACAGAUUCCUCACUUCACGCCCGAGGUCAUCAAGGGAGCCAAUGAAUUCAAAAUCAAUGACAUUUUCGAAUUCAUGGAAGCCAUGGACCCAUCUGAGAAUAGAGACUACCCCGAGCUAGUCAAACGCCUCGGCCUCAAUAACAAGCAGCUCGCCCAGGCCGCCUCAUUCACCAACGAGAAGUACCCCAACAUUGAUCUGGACUUUGUGGUGGAAGAUCCGGAGAACGUCACGGCUGGAGAGCCGUCUUAUCUCAAGAUCAAGAUCGAGCGUGAGGUCGAGGAGGACGAGGAACCUGACACGACCGUGCACGCGCCCUUCUACCCUAACAAGAAGAUGGAGAACUGGUGGCUGGUGGUCGGAGAUGAAAAGACCAAGAGUCUCCUGGCGAUCAAGCGCGUCACCAUCGGACGGAAACUGGAAAUGCGUCUGGACUAUGUGGUUCCGACGCCUGGAGAGCACGAGCUGACGCUGUACCUGAUGAGCGACAGCUACGUGGGAGUCGAUCAAGCGCCCACCUUCACCGUCACGGCUGCGGAGGGCAUGGAAGAAGACGAGAGCGAAGAGGAAGAGGAGGACUAG